AUGGCUGUUGGAGCUGACCUUGCUUGGACUUUGCUUUCAGCCGACAUCAAGUCAGCCUUCAUGAAAGGAGAUGCCUACAUGGAUGGGACCAGAGAGCUGUUCAUGGAGAACAUCCGAGGAGCCCUUGAUGAACCUCGCUUGCCUUUUCCUGGACUUGCCAGGAUACGCAAAGGAGUGUUUGGUUUGAGUGAUGCGCCGAGACGUUGGUAUUUGAGGUUGAACAAGUCCCUGAUUCAGCAGGGAUGGCAAAGAACUACACUGGACUACGCCUGUUGGGUUCUGUGGUCACCAUGUGGAACGAGGUUGGAUGGCGUCCUCAUCUCACAUGUGGAUGAUUUGCUUUUGGGCGGAAACCGCCGUGCUGUCGCCAAACUUCAAGAGCUUGGACGAGAAUUGGGGUUUGGAAGCACCUCUGAGAAGGACAUCACCUAUUGUGGCAAACGUAUCCGCCAAUGGGAUGACGGCCACAUCACCAUCACCAUGGAAGAGUACCACAGUAACCUGAAGACAGUGAACAUUCCUGUGCCUCGCCGAGCCAACCCAGACUCAGACUUGACGGAGAUGGAACGACGUCAACUUCGUGCAAUCCUUGGUUCACUACAAUGGCUGGUUGCUCAACUGCGAUUUGAUUUGGGUUUUCAGCUCAGCACCUUGCAAGGUGAACCGCCGAAGAUCAGCACCCUGAUGAAAGCUAAUCUGCUUGUCAAGCGCUUCAAGCAGGACCCUGACUUUGCCCUGACCUUCAAGCCGAUGGAUUUGAAGGGAGCUGGAAUCAUGGUGGUAACCGAUGCCAGUUUGGGGAAUGUCACCAAAGCUGGCGGAGCUGAUGGAACUGUGUUGGAAAAGGUGUUUAGCCAAAGCGCCUACUACGUCCUCCUGGCCGACAAGGACCUCUUGGCUGGACGAGAAGGAAGCUUCUCAGUGCUGGACGCAAGAAGCCACAGACUUCCUCGAGUAUGCCGCUCUACAUACGGAGCAGAGCUGCUGGGAACGGAAGAAGCAUUUGAUGUUGGAUGUUUCUGCCGUGGCUGGUGGGCGAUGUUGCAAGGCCUUCCAAUUGAACACAAACGUGCUGAAGAAGUCAUGGACUGCAUUCCUUUGGCAGUCGUCACUGAUGCACGUGAUGUCUACGACAAAGGGUCUUCAGACACACCUUCCUACGGAUCUCAAAAAUCCCUGGCGUUCACAGUUGCCUGGAUUCGUGGAGUCCUUAGCAAACCCAACACCAUGCUCAAGUGGACAUCAACGGAGAACCUCUUCGUGGAUUGCGGGACGAAAGACAUGAGCACUGAGCAUGUGCAUAAGAUUCUUAGCAGCUGCCGAUGGAGCGUAACCUUCAACCAAGAGUUUGUCAAGCAGAAGCAGAAGACGAAGCCGAAGAAGCUCGCUGCCGGAAGCUGUGAGAGUCUGCUGGUAGGUAGUGCUUUGGGUGAAAACUCACCUAUUUACCCAUACCUAGCUCAGCUUAGUGCAAGCCCUGGAUGGCACCAACGUGAAGGUGUCCUAAUCAAUGUGGCACGCCAUGCAAAGUCUUUCAGAACUCCAGGAGCCCGUGUGGAUCCAACGAAAUUUCUUUUGAGAACCACGUAUGCCAGAAUUGAUCAUCCAGACGGGAAGUCAGACUGGAGAGUUUUGGAAGAAGGUACAGAAUAUGGCAUUUUGCCAAAUCCCCAUGCACUUUUAGGCACUUUAGCUGGCAUCCUGGUGACGGUGUAUCGUUCACAAGCGGAGCAGCAAGUGAAAUUGGCGGACGCGGAGCUAAGAGAAACGAAGGCUUUGGAGGAUCUUCUACCAGAGGUGACCCAGAGAUGCCUGGGCGCUGAAGAGUUCAUGGAGAAGGCUGUGGCCACGCACGAAGCCAUUGCAGCGGCUGGGGAGAAUUUGGAUCACGCGCAGAAGGUCGUGGAUGAAACAGAAGAAGCCGUCAGAGUGGCCGAGAAAGCCCUGGGAGAGGCGCGAGUGUUCCUAAAUGGGAAGCAGAACAUCACCCGGCGUUUCGAAUCGCAGAAGGUCAGGGACACUGCCCAUACAGAGCUGACUAAGCUGAUGAACAAACUGCAGAUGGUACAGGCCAAGUUGGUGCCGCUGAAAUCGGCCCGCAGAGAGCUGCAGCAACGCUCGCAAGCGCAGAUGGCGCUGCGGGAGCUUCGCAGCAAGCUGCAGCCCAUCGAGCAACAGCUGAACGAUGGCGGAGACUUGCCACUGGAGUCGCUGGAGACGCAGUUGAAGGAACUGACCCAGCUCUGUGCGCAGAAAAAGAUGCAUAGUGGUCCUUUGGUCGUCAAGGAGCUUGCAGAGAUUGAGAGGAAAAUCAAGGAGUUUCAGGAGAAACUGAAAGCCCUUCAGGACAGCAAGCGUCAAAGUGGUGAGCGGUCAAUCUUGCAGGUUCGAUGGUCAGAUGUUGGUACUCAUAAGAUCUUCCCCGACUUCCAAAAUCAUGGUCGUUUGGAUUCAAGGGGCAGCAAGAAUUUGGUUGGUCCAGAGGUGUCUCUGUGCAACAUUGUGCGAGAAAAACCCGCACGGGCCAGAAAACUGCGAAUCUGA